AUGAGUAAAAGGUUGGUGCCCUCUGAUAGCGGCCAACAGGAAAAUCAGAAAAGGCAGAAGAGUGAUGAUUCAUCAGACAAGUUCCAAGAGUUGAAAACCAUACAUUUUAGAUUAUGUUCGUAUUUUACGUUUUUAUCGUCGAGAAAGCAUGUGAUAACUACAUUUGAGCUUCUUAAAGUGGCCCCCGAGAAAGCAAUUAAGAGAAAGUUGCAGAUAUUAGACCUUGCCCGAAUAAAGGCAUUGAUACCAGAUGAUGUUGUUUACGACUACUUUGACGAGAAUCAAUUUGUGCUCGAAGAUAAGCAUUUCUCGUGGAAAAAUGGCUUUGAGCAGAAGGAUAAUGACAUUUUUGAACUUAAGGAUGAGUUUGGAAACGUCAAGCCGUUUAAGCAACUUUUAAUAUUUGAAUUUAUAGAUGGCGAUCUCAAAAAAUCGAAAACUAAUACCGCCUUCAAAACUGAAAUCAGAGUACCGCAAUAUUCGCCUUCUUCUGUGAAAAAGUUAAUAUUAAAGAGAACCCAGAAGUUUAACGGGGCCAUAUCAUCUUUCCUAGCAAGCUGUACAGAAAAUGGCAUUUCGGAUCCAUGGGCCAAAUUGACAAAUGAUGCACAAAAAUACAUUCCCCAUAAGAUUGACUUCAUCGAUCCCAUGCAGGAAAUGGAAAAAAGCACAAUAAAUGCUCAGAGAAACGAGGAAAGUGGUGCUGGAAGGCCAACUAUGGGUUGUGUGAUUCAAAGAUUGAAGCAUGCAACUUUCUAUAGGGAUCAGAUACCGUCAAAUGGUGAAUUCUUUUUAACCCCUCGCUCAGCAGAAUAUCGAGACCUUGAUUUUGAACUCAGUCCUAAGUUAAAGGAAGCGUUGGAAAGUUCAGAUAAGAUCACAAAAUUUUACACGCAUCAAGCGGACGCAAUGAAUAUGAUACACCAAGGAAAGAAUGUUAUUGUUUCUACAUCCACAUCCUCAGGUAAGUCAUUAAUUUACCAAGUUCCUGUUCUUGAUGCCAUUGAAAAGGACAGAUACGUUACAGCAAUGUACAUUUUUCCAACCAAGGCCUUAGCCCAAGAUCAAAAAAGAUCUUUAAAGGAUCUGUUGAAAAUGAUGCCUGGUAUGACUAAUCUUGUGGUUGAAACAUAUGAUGGUGAUACUGCAAAGGAAGACCGCAAGUAUAUCCGUCAAAACGCAUCAAUUAUUUUCACUAAUCCAGAUAUGGUGCAUACAAGCAUUUUACCAGGGCAUCAAUACUGGCAGAGAUUUUUGCGUAAUCUUAGAUACGUUAUGAUCGAUGAAUUACAUAUGUACAAAGGUCUUUUUGGAUCUCAUGUUGCCCUUAUAAUGCGCAGGCUUCGGAGAAUUUGUGCUUUACACGGAAAUGAUAAACUUCAUUUUAUUUCUUGCUCUGCAACGUUGAAGGAUCCUGUAACACAUAUGCACGAUAUUUUUGGAAUACCAUGUGAAGACAUCGUGCAUGUGAAAAAAGAUGGUUCUCCAUCUGGAGGUAAGCAUCUUAUAGCAUGGAAUCCUCCAUUAAUUGAUGCAAGAGAUCCGAUAUCUGGCCGGAUCAAUUUUAUUUCUGAGUCUGCGAGGAUUGUGAUUGAGCUGAUAAAAAAUAAUGUCAGGACCAUCGUCUUUUGUGUUGUGCGGAAAACAGUGGAGCUCGUAAUGAAGGAAAUACGUCAUAUGUUGAAAGCGCAGGAUAAGACUGGAAUACUGGGCCAAAUAAUGAGUUAUCGAGGGGGUUACUCGGCUUCUGAUAGGCAUAAAAUCGAGAGGCAAAUGUUUCAUGGUAAUCUUAAGGCUAUCAUUUCAACAAAUGCUUUAGAGCUUGGUAUUGAUAUUGGCUCUCUUGAUGCGGUUGUAAUGUGCGGCUUCCCGAUCUCCAUUGCAAACUUUCAUCAGCAAAGUGGUCGAGCUGGUAGAAGAAAUAAGGAUUCACUUACUUUGUUUGUGGCAGCUGAUGAUCCGGUUAGUCAACAUUAUAUGGCUCAUCCAAAAGAGUUGAUAAAAGCCGAUUAUCCUGAUUUGGCGCUAGACUUUGAAAAUGUUCUUGUUUUGGAAGGACAUUUGCAGUGUGCUGCAUUUGAGACACCUCUUGCCAAAGAUCUUAAGCUUGAAGAACCAUUUUUCUGCGAUUAUAAGAAAUUGGAAAAUGUCGUCAAGCGUAGACUUGUCUUGGACCCCUCAGAUAACUGUUAUCAUCCGAAUUCACGAUAUCUGCCUUGGCCUUCUGCCAAAGUUUCUAUCAGAGCUAUUGAAGAGGAUAGCUUUGCUGUUGUUGACAUGACCAAUGGCCGGAAUGUCAUUAUUGAAGAAGUGGAGGCUUCAAGGACGACUUACACCCUUUAUGAUGGAGGAAUCAUUAUACAUCAGGGUUUACCGUAUAUCAUAAGAGAAUUUAAUCCUGAGGAAAGAUAUGCAAAAGUUGAACGUGUUAAUGUAGAUUGGAUUACUUCACAAAGAGAUUACACGGAUGUGGAUCCGUUGGUAAUUGAUAAAAUCAGAUCCCUCAACUCCAAUGAUGUUCCGAUUUACUUUGGAACGGUUCAGACGACGAUGAUCGUCUUUGGGUACUUUAAGAUGGACAGAAGGAACCAAAUUUUGGAUGCUGUUGAGGUUCAUAAUCCUCCGGUCAAAUAUAAAUCGAAAGGGCUUUGGAUAGAUAUUCCGAAAAAGGCCCUUGAUUACAUCCGACUGAAGGGCUUAAGUGCUCCUGCUGGAAUUCAUGCUGCCCAACAUGCGGUAAUUAAUAUGCUUCCACUCUUUAUUUUGUCGGGACUUGAUGAAAUUCGAACUGAGUGUAAAGCUCCCGAAAAGGAGUUUGGACAUAGAGAGAAUAAGCGUAAAAGACCGGCCAGAUUAAUCAUAUUUGAUAGUAAGGGAGGGCAGUUUGGUUCUGGUUUAAGUACCAAGGCAUUUGAUAACAUUGACAUAAUACUAGAGCAAGCAUUGAAGACUCUUUUAGAAUGCGAUUGUGAAUGGGGAUGUCCAAAGUGUUGCGCUGCUGCAAAUUGUAAAGAGAAUUCUUUGGUUUUAUCAAAAUAUGCUGCAAUAAUUAUUUUAGCGGUAAUUAUAGGGAGGCCUAUCGACUUGGAUUCACUCCCUAAUGGGCCAGAACCAAAUAUGCCUGAAAUAACCAUUGAGACAAUUAGACCAGCAAAUGAGUUUGGAAUGGUUGUUUUGUCCGAUGACUUAGAAAUCAUUGAUGAGAAAAAAGCCACAAAUAGAUUGAAGCCACUUCCUAAAUUGGAAGAGGUCGUUUAUCUUGGAAGGAAUAAUCGGAAACCGGACGAUGAAUUGAAUACGUUUAAGAAAGAACCGGACGGGGAGAUUGUCGUGAAGCAAGAAGGUGAUGAUAAUAUAUUUAUUAAAACGGAAGAAAGAGACAUUGCUUUGGAGGAGUAG